AUUUUGUUGUUUAGCCAUUGCUUCUACGUUCUGUUUGAAAAUUUAGGGAAAAAAGAGAAGGAAGAAAAAAGAGAAAAGAAAAGGAAAAAGAGACGAGAGAGAGAUGAAAGGAAACGGUCUGUUGCGUAAAUGGCGAGGGAGAUUCUCUUCCCCAACCUCUACACAAACCUAAGUUCAAAACCCAUUUGCGAAUUUCACAGAUCUCUUCCGCUCUCCCUUAUUCAAUCCAACUUUUCAUCAAAAUUCUUCAUUCUCUCUACCUUGUGAUUCAUUUUGAUGCCAAUCAUCCAUUGAUUGCUUAUUCCUUUCCCUUCUGUUCAUGCCAUGCCACAUUCCUUUUCUUCAUCUUUCAUUCUGCCCACAAGGGUUUCUUUUACUUCAUUUUGCAUACAGCGGGUUUCUUCAAGAAAAGGCUACGACCCAGUAUUUACGCUUAUUCGUUUGAUUUUUCCCGGGCAAUGGUAGCAGAGGUGGUUGAAUCAAGGAAGAAGGGUGGUUUUGGGUUUUUUGGAUUGUGAUGUCUUGUGGUGGAGAAGCUGGUAAGCAAUGGACUUGUGCAAAAGCCGGCGCUGCUAGUUUGCAGAAAGUGGGUUUGAUUGUGCGAGAUAUUGGCGAGCCAUGCCUUUCACAAUCGCCCAUAAAGGUUGUUAUAACUCGUUCAUGCAAAAUUUGGAGUGCUGUUCUCAUGGUGCAGGUAAACAGAAUGCUCAAGCCAGAGAAGUGGCUGGCAGCAUUUGAUAGUGAUGGAAAAGCUCUUGGUUUUCAGAAGACACUCAAAUCAAUAGUUUUGGGGGGUGUGGAUCCGUCUAUUAGGGCAGAAGUAUGGGAAUUUUUGCUUGGUUGUUAUGCUGUAGGUAGCACUGCUGAGCACCGUGGCCAACUAAGGACUGCCAGAAGGGAACGUUACAAGUUCCUGAUCGAGGAGUGUCGGAUGAUACAUUCUAGCAUAGGAACUGGUUCCCUAGCCUACCCUGUGGGUUCUAAAGUUAUGGAUAUGAGGACGUCAUCUAAAGAUGGACCAAGGGAAGCUGAGAAUGAAAGUAGAGAAGUUUCCAUUCAUAAUACUCAUACAGUAGAAGAUUCUUUUUGUAGGAAUAAUAAUUGUAUAGAUAAAUCAUACACAUGUGAAAAGGAAAGCUCGAAUGAUUCAGCAGAACUUGCGAGUGUUAGGGAAAGUACAGAUAGUGCGGCAGAUGGGUCCACCUGUUGUGUCCCCAUUUCUGGUCCUUGCAAUUGUUAUUCCCUAAAACCUGAGAGUGAAGCAGAGGGAUCGGCAAUUGUUACAGAAAAUGAUUAUGAUUUUCCCCCUCUACCUGUCAUCAACUUGUUUGACAAGGACAACCCUGAUAAGAACAAAUAUUACCUGCAUAAUGCCAAACUUUCAACUCAACGUGAAUUGAGAUUUGAAGAUGGCAGCAUGCACAGUUUUCAGAUAAAUAACAAUGAAGAUUUAGUUAUUGAAUCAACUGCCUCAUCCUCUAACAAUGUUUCUCAUCCCAUUAGCUCUGAAAUUGAAAUGAUACAUGCUGAUUCCAGCGAUCCAGAAUUUCAGAACAAUAGCUCAUGCAAUAACGUGAAGCCAAAUGCACCAGAAACCGAACACUUAAAUGCAACUGUCCACCGUAAUAGUGGUACCACUGAAGGUAGAGUAUCUGAAUGGCUUUGGACCCUGCACCGAAUAGUGGUAGAUGUGGUUCGAACGGAUAGUCAUCUUGAGUUCUAUGAGGAUACGAGAAACUUAGCUAGGAUGUCAGAUAUCCUUGCAGUUUAUGCAUGGGUUGAUCCUGCGACUGGUUAUUGCCAAGGAAUGAGUGACUUGCUGUCUCCUUUUGUUGUUCUAUUUGAGGAUAAUGCUGACGCAUUUUGGUGUUUCGAGAUGCUCUUAAGGAGAAUGCGUGAGAAUUUUCAAAUGGAAGGCCCAAUUCGGGUGAUGAAACAGUUGGAAGCAUUGUGGAAAAUUUUGGAACUUACUGACAGGGAAAUCUUCACUCACCUGUCGCAUAUAGGUGCUGAGAGCCUACAUUUUGCAUUUCCAAUGCUCUUGGUACUUUUUCGUCGGGAGCUAUCAUUUAAUGAGGCACUUUGUAUGUGGGAGAUGAUGUGGGCUGCUGAUUUUGACGAAUCAAGAGCUUACAAUUUAGAGAGUAGUUGUCUGGAAGCAUUGACCUUACAACUUCCAAGAGGCUCGGAAGUGGAAAUAAGUGAAGGAGACAUGAACAAUAGUAACAUUAACACGAAAGACACCUUACAAUCAAAUAAUGGAAAUUUGGAACGUUCAUCAUGUGACAAUGCUGGAAUGAGAUCAACAUCUGCCCAUGCUUUUUGUGGCUUGACAAGGAAUCUUUGUUCAAGGAAUGAUCCUACGAAGAAGUGCACUGCAAUAUCAUCAACUAAGCAAGGUGAUGAUGAGCUUCCUGUUUAUUGUGUUGCAGCAAUCCUUAUAACGAAUCGCCAAAAGAUAAUUAGAGAAACACGUUCUAUUGAUGAUCUGAUAAAGAUGUUGGAUGUGCUUAAUAUGCAUGGGCACACACCCAUGCAGGACAUGCAAUUAUGCUGGGGAGCAUUUCCCCGUAGGCAAGGCAAGCAUCAUGUAUGCAACAGACGCAUGUGGGCCGGCAGUGUGUGGGAUGUGCGUUGAAAGGGUUUCUCCCUGGCAUUUUGAUGCUUUAAUGUGGAUAGGGGGCUGUGUAAGACUCCACAGAACACAAUUGUGAAGAGAAAAGAAAGGACUUGCUCCACAAGGCACUCCCCUCCUUGAAGUGAAGACUUAUUUUUUAACCUAGGUCAAAAUUGGAUUUUCAAUGAUAAGAUGCUGAAGAUUAGUGUCAAAAGAUGUAUACGUACAGCAAUCAAAUUACGGAAGAAAUAUAUUUCCAAGGUAAUCAAGAAAAGGAAGCCUCCGAUCUCAUUAUGAGGACUAGAGCUGCACCAUUUAUACGAAGCAACAAAAGUACAGUAAUAGCUGUUAUGAAACAGUUGAUGAAAAAUGCAUCGGCAGUUCAAAGAUUCAAACUGAGGUUUAUGCGACUGCCUCCUUCAGAUUCUUUAUUGUGCAGAGAUUAUGAAAUGGGAAGAAAGAAAUAUCUUCGCUUUUGUCGUCAAGGAGCAAUUGGAAUUCAUUGUACAGGCUUAAGGUUAUUGAUUUCAUUUUCGAAUCAUUUUUCCUUCAAUUAUUGUACUGCUGAUGGCACCUUAGAAACCUAUACAUCCUGAGGGGAAGAAGUUAGUGCAUUUCAUUUUUGAUAGCUUUAGUUAGAAAAGCGAAAUAGGUGAAAAAUCAAUAGCAUGGUCAAAAAGUUAAGUUACUUGUGCACCAAGAAGUGUCAACUGUGAGUAGAAUGAGUAGAAUGUAGAUUUUUCAUCCUAUAGAGGAAUUUGUAUUGCCAAUUCUUUCUUUGCCAUUGAAGGCAGCAUUUCAUCACUAUAUAAUAUAUUCAGAUAUUAACCUCUACUUUCCAUAUUUUCUAGAUGCUAAGUGGUCUUGGUUUUUGUAUUGAACAAUUAAUCUAUAUUACAUUCUGGUAGAUAA